GACGGCAGCAACAAUGCCGCAGCACCCAGUGGCGGAACCAACCGUCCCUAAGCCUGAGAUUCCGGCCGGCGGCGCAGCUUACUGGCAGCACCAGCAGCAAUGGGAGGACGAAGAUAGGCUCAGCGCGCUGACUGAUGAUAUUUUACUGUCUAUCUUGGGGAGAGUCAGUUUAUGUAUGUCAGUAAGGACAUGCGUGCUCUCUACACGGUGGAGGCAUCUGCCUUGGUUGCUGCCUGAACUCAGCAUCAGUGUCAAGGAUUUCCUAUCUGUUCCAUGCCCUGAACCUAUUGAGGCAAAUGAUAUGGAGGAAUUAGCUAUGGCGUCUUUGACCAAAGUUACCAGGAGUUUCUUGGCUGAUCAGCAAAGAGAGCGCACCAUCUCAAGUCUGCACCUGAACCUCUACUUGAUCAACGCUUUCUUGUGUGAAGUUGGUCCACUGGUAGGUGACGCGAUCGGCAACGGUUUGUUGAAAGAUCUGGAUCUUAGCGUUCUUGAUGAGACAGAUCCUUUGGAACGUAGUGAUGAGGAUAUGCUGAAGCGAGCUCAAGAAAUAGAUACUUUCUUCAGUGCCUACCCUAGUGUGCUCCACUGCCUCACAAAGCUCUCUCUGGAAAAUGCAGAUUUUGACAAUUUGGACAUGCACCAUGUCUUGUUUGACUGCUGCAAGCAACUGAAGCAUCUACGCCUUUUUUAUUGUGAUACUGGCACUUACUCUGUCUUUAGGAUUGAUGCACCAAACUCAAAACUUUGUGUUCUAGAAAUCGAUUGUUGUCGCUUUGAGAGAAUCGAAUUGGUAUGCCUUCCGAAAUUGGAGAAGUUCAUAUGCACUACUUGGAUGGCAUCUCAGCAUAUCCCAGUAAUCUUGGGGUUUGUCCCAUCUCUUGGGGAAUUAGAACUCUCAUAUGGUGCACCAUAUGAUCCGCGCCCAUUUAGAUUAAGUAAGCUUCUAAAUGGAACAACAAGCAUACACACUCUCACAUUGGAUUUCCAAGGAGAAAAUCUUUGGUUGCAACCUGAAAUGGAAGAACUCCGCACCCCAUUCAACAAGCUAAAGAAGCUGUAUGUGUGUGGCAUCUUUGUUGAAUUCGACAUGUUAUGGAUGACUGCCUUUCUCGUAGCAGCACAAUCUGUCGAAAAACUACAUGUUCAGGUAUGGGAACAUGCAUGCGAGGUGGGCGAGUUCAGAGGUGGUAGCUUCCGUGUUAGAAGGGCUCCUCCGUGGGAAAUGCGUUUCGACGGCUCAGAGAACAAGCUGCUGAAAGAGCUACAAAUCGGUGGCUUUAGAGCACUAGAACAACAGUUUACAUUCAUAAGGUCCAUGUUGGAGCGAUCUCCCAACUUGCAGAAGAUAAUUCUCAGAGGAGACGGGCAAUGCGACGACUGCGACGCCCUUGAUGCAUCACUCCGUCCUUCGAAAUUUCCAAAGAAGGAUGAGGAAGAAAUGGUGGUUGAGAGGAUUAGAAGCGGCAUAUUCUCGCCAGCGAUAAUUUUUGAUGAAGACUGGUCCCUGAGCAUCUGAGAUUUGUUUUUACUCUUGUUACUGUUACCGCACAUUUGCACUUGUGUUGACAGUGUCAAAAAGUAAUCUCCAUAGUUCACUUUGAUCCAAACGACACUGGUAGUUUUACAUGUUUCAUCUGUUUAUUUUAGGAGCACCUGAACUGGACACUGGCAGUUGUAUACAUUUCGUUUGUUGAGUUGUAGAUCACCUGAUCGAA